CCAUUUUCUCAGACAACAUUGCAUGGUCCAGUAUAGGUUUAGUUAGCGUUUUAUCCCGUAUUUGGGUUAUUUAACAAAAAAUAUGGUUAAGAGGUGUAGUCACGGACUUUGUAAUAGUGACGACAGGUAUCCUGAAAGGCGAGUUGGGGGAGUUCGAUUCGUACCCUUUCCAAAACCGAAGACCCAGUACGAAAAAUGCCUUCAAUGGGUCAAACUUUGUGGAAGACCGCAUCAUCAACUAAAUCCAUCUAAAAUCAACCGGAACACGUUUGCACGAAGGACAUAACAGUUUGUGGCUACCCACUCAGCAUAUUUUUCAUUGUGGUGAAUGAGUUCUGCGAGAGGUUCUCCUACUAUGGCAUGCGCGCUGUCCUGGUGUUGUACUUUAAGUACUUCCUGCGCUGGGACGAUGACAUGGCCACCUCCAUCUACCACACGUUUGUCGCCUUGUGCUACCUCACCCCUAUUCUGGGCGCCAUCGUGGCCGACUCCUGGCUGGGGAAAUUCAAGACCAUCAUCUACUUGUCCAUCGUGUAUGCGCUAGGCCAGGUGUUCAUGGCAGUAAGCGCGAUCCACGACAUCACUGACUCCGACAUGGACGGGACGCCCGACGACAUGACGUUUCAUGUCGUAAUGUCAAUGGUGGGCCUCUUCCUCAUUGCUCUGGGCACUGGGGGCAUCAAACCUUGCGUGGCGGCCUUCGGUGGGGACCAGUUCAGUGAACAGCAGGAGAAGCAGAGAAGAACGUUUUUCUCAGUGUUUUACUUGUGCAUCAAUGGAGGCAGCCUCCUUUCAACCAUUAUCACUCCCAUCCUUCGAGCCCAAGAAUGUGGCAUCAACACCAAGCAGAGCUGCUAUCCCCUUGCCUUUGGAGUCCCUGCUGCUCUCAUGGUGGUGGCACUGGUGGUGUUCAUUGUGGGCAGCGGCAUGUACUACAAAGCAGAGCCCCAAGGAAACAUCAUGAUGGAUGUUUCUAAAUGCAUUGGUUUUGCCAUUAAAAACCGCUAUAGGCACAGAAGCAGCAGAUUCCCCAAGAGGCAGCACUGGAUGGACUGGGCAGAGGAGAAGUAUGAUAAACUGCUCAUUGCUCAAAUAAAAAUGGUGCUGAAGGUUCUCUUCCUGUACAUUCCACUUCCAAUGUUCUGGACUCUGUUUGACCAGAAGGGUUCCAGAUGGACUUUGCAGGCCACCACCAUGGACGGAAACUUUGGAGCGCUCGUCAUCCAGCCCGAUCAGAUGCAGACUGUCAACCCCAUCCUGAUCCUGACCCUGGUGCCCAUCAUGGACAGUGUGAUUUACCCUCUCAUCAAAAAAUGUGGCCUGAACUUUACGCCUCUAAAAAGAAUGACCGUGGGGAUGUUUCUGGCAGCGUUAGCCUUUGUCUGCGCCGCACUGGUACAAGUUCAAAUUGACGAAACGCUGCCCACGUUCCCAUCAGCGUCUCAGAGCCAGUUGAAAUUACUAAACAUGGCUGCUCAGCCUGUCAAAGUCAACCUGCCGAACAAUGUUCAGCUGGAACUCUCUCCGAAUCAAGCCAGUGAGCAGUACUUGACAUUUGGAGAGGAAGAAAUCAGUCUAUCUGUGGAGAGCCACGUAAGCGUGACAAGAGAGCUCUUCUUAACCAAGGGAGGGCGGCAAACACUUCUGCUUCCCGCAAACGUCUCACGCGAGUGGCUGCUGACCGAGGAUCUGAAGGCCAAGCCGCAGCAAGGAAAUAAUGCGGUCAGAUUUAUAAACGGAAUGUUAACAUCAGUGAAUGUGUCCAUUGCUGGCGCAGACCCCACCUUACUUGAGCCAGAAUAUUAUUCCAACUAUUCCCUUAUCAAAAAUGGAAUCACCACUUUCACCAUAAAGAGCGAUUCAGAGUCAUGCGAAUACAGCAGGGAGUUUGGAUUCGGAAGUUCCUACACUUUCUUUAUCCACAGUACAUUCAAGUUUGGACCUUCUUGUCACGAGUCUAUUAGUGCAGUAGAAGACGUCAAACCCAACUCAGUGCACAUGGCCCUACAGAUCCCACAGUACUUCUUCAUCACUGCGGGCGAAGUCAUGUUUUCUGUCACAGGCUUGGAGUUCUCUUACUCACAGGCACCGAGUAACAUGAAAGCAGUGCUGCAAGCGGGCUGGUUGCUGACUGUAGCUAUCGGCAACUUCAUCGUUUUGAUUGUGGCUGAGCUUGCCAAGAUUCCUGAACAAUGGGCAGAGUACGUCCUUUUCGCCUCACUCCUGAUCGCUGUGUGUUUCAUCUUCUCCAUCAUGGCGUACUUCUACACCUACAUGGACCCGUCGGAAAUUGAGGCCCAGUUCAGGAAGAACCGGGACGAUGACGAUAAGGACGACAGAGACCUUAAACAGAUGAUGGCCGUCAAGAGAGACUCUAUUGAUAGCGAUGAUGAGAAAGAUAAAAGCAAACAAACUAAAAUGUGAAACAACAACAGUGGGACACUGUUAGGGCUACAUUGCGGAAUACUUGCUUGCUUGCGUGCCUUUGUGUGUGCGUGUACGUGUGUGUGUUUUAAUACUACACUUCAAUGGGAAAACAAAAUCACAUGACAGAAGUGUGCUUCCCUGCAAUACAUCCUGUGAUACACUGUACUAUAGAAACAACCAAUGCACUUGUUUUCCAUUCAAAAUACAUUGUUCUAUAUUUUAUUAUGUACUUUCAUUUUGUAGCAUUAUGCAUUUUGGCAAAUAUUGUGUGAUAGUGAGCUUUUGUUUAAUAUUCCUCAAAUGUCAAACAUACAAACUUCCAUACAACAAAUCAUUACCAUGCCAAAUCUCAUCCCUGCGAAUCUUAUCAAAGCAUCUAAUCACAAUUGUUUUGCUGUGUCUUUUUUUUUUUGUGUUGUUUUUACGAUUGUUGGCAAAGAGGAAAAGUGUGAUGUAACCACGGAACAGGAAAUUGAACUUACUGCCAUGAAGUGUGGCCACCCAGUACACUAUGAGCAACACAAUGACACUAGUUACAGUUAAGAAUGUUACUUAAAAGAAUAAUCGUGAAAAUUUUAGGAUCGUACCUCAUCCACGAUUGAUUGUGUGGGGUCCUUAGCUUCUGUGGUGCAGGCACCACAAUUACAGGACGCUUCUGUCAGUCUUUGGGCAUGUAAAACGGUGUCAUUUCACUAGCAUGUGUCAAUAGAGACACACACUUGGGACUAUUUCACUGGGUGUGGGAGUACACACGAUUUGCAACAAAUAACUUUUGAAUAUGCAAGUUAUGUAUACCCUCACUUAUACUUUCAUUCUAAAGACUUGUAGAAUUCAGUUAGUCAAACCCACCACACUUCAGUUGUACAGGCCGGUUCUUGUCCUGUCCUAUCUUGUCCUUCACUCACAGGGUGUAGCGCUACAGGCCCAAGCAACAACCAUAUUCAAUCUUUCCUUGUUGUAGAUAUGUAAUGAAUUACUUAUUUCAUCCUGUUUAUAACUGGCAAUUCGUCUUAUGUCUUCGUUUCCCUCCCCCCUCAAUAAACAUUGUUCUGUUUGACUGAUUCUCAGUAAGCUUUAAUUAUAUUACUAAAAAACUACUGAGGAAGCUUAAAAACUCCACUGUGACACAGUAGAACUGUUCAGGCAUUAAAGGUAUACAAAUCCUUCAUUGUGUUUGACCUAACAGUAGAGCAGGACAAAAAAUAAAAACAAAAAUAAAGAUUUUAUGAUGGCAGAUUUGAACCCUGAAAAAUUCGAUUAGUCUUACAGCACAUUAUUUUUUCGUCGUUUUUUCCUUGUUGUAGAUAUGUAAUGAAUUACUUAUUUCAUCCUGUUUAUAACUGGCAAUUCGUCUUAUGUCUUCGUUUCCCUCCCCCCUCAAUAAACAUUGUUCUGUUUGACUGAUUCUCAGUAAGCUUUAAUUAUAUUACUAAAAAACUACUGAGGAAGCUUAAAAACUCCACUGUGACACAGUAGAACUGUUCAGGCAUUAAAGGUAUACAAAUCCUUCAUUGUGUUUGACCUAACAGUAGAGCAGGACAAAAAAUAAAAACAAAAAUAAAGAUUUUAUGAUGGCAGAUUUGAACCCUGAAAAAUUCGAUU